AUGGCUGACGGGCUGGCAGCGAGCGGAGGUCGUUUGCUUCACAUCCCCGCUCAGAUGGUCAAUAUAACCUUCUCCACCGUCCUCUCCACCGCCUUCUCCAUAGAAUAUCCAUCGCUUUCUGUUAUUGUCUGCAUGCAGAUCUCCACUGCAGGAGAAGCGGGCGCUCACUUGACGGCACAUCUGCGCCGGAGCAACACUUCAUUGGAUGUCUCCCAAAGCGACACUCUUUCGCCGGUUACUUCGAGAAGUCUGGCACAAAGAUGGCUGGGCGAGAAUGGAAGAGUCAGAGUUACUGCCUCUAUCUUUCCAGUCGUUGCUGCUCUUGCGGCCGCGUUCUUGUUGCUCCACUGCGCUCUAUUUUUAACGAAUUCACACAGGAGCAAGACAGAACCGAGACUUUUGUCAGUGUCAAAAGGGACGACGGACAAAAACGCCGGAGGACCUUGUGCUGUUUCGGGGGAGAAUCACCUUGAUGCAGCGUCUGCUGCAGGGGAGGAGGAAGUUCUUGUUGAGCAGGAAUUGGUGGAACAGGCGCACCGCUAUGUCCGUGAUAUGAAGCGACUGGUCGCGAGCGCUGAGCCUGUGCUGCUACAGCUAAAGUCCGAUCUAAAAGCAAAGUGCACUGCAGCGUUUUUAUGUCUUUUCUUGGUGGAGUUCUCUGCUUUGCUCUGUCUGCUGGAAAAGAGACAACGGGCCGGCAUGAACGAAGAAAUAGUUGCAAUAACCGCCCGAAUACAAUCCAUCAGCCGGACCAUAAGCAGGAGACACAUUACUCGCCCGCAGCACAGGCAUAUCAAGUGUCUGCAGGACUUUCUCGACAAGCUCCCGCAGGUCCAACCGGUUGGAGCGACCAUCGCAGAGAGGCAACGGCUACAGGCACUCAAACACCUGCUGCAGCUGCAGGAGGCGGCCUUGGCGCAGCUCAAUGCCGGAUGUUUCUGGCUAAGAGAGUCGCUGGAAGGCUGCAAGAAAGAAAAAGGUGGCGCCCAAGCUACUGCAGCUGCCGACGGUGCUGCUAAGGGUUCUACUCAAGGUGCUGCUCCAGCUCCGGCAGCUCCCAAGACUGCUGCACAUUCAGGUUUUGUUGAAGUUAUUCAUGCUAUGGAAGCAACCAUCCACUUGCGCAGGAAACAAGUUCUUAUAGAUCCGCUCGUCAGCCGUUGGCUGCGAGAUGUACACGCCCAUAGGUCUCACUACGGUCUUGUCAGCCCCGGACGUCUCGAAGCAUUAUCCCGUCAACCACUCCAAACACACAGCCAACUCUUAGAAGCAUUGCAGGCCACUCCACUGGGAACAGGAGACGACCCCAGGGAGCGCAUUCGCCGCGCGAACACGGGCGCGCAGAAGAGAGCCAUUUCCGCCAUGUUGCCCGAUGCGACAUCCGGAGGAGAGGAUGUGCAUUAUUCUGAAGACCCGACUAAUUCUUCACACGUGCCAGAGGUGUCACAGCUUCCUCUCUCACGAAAUAGGGACGGCAGUUCGGGAACAGGUUCACCUUCCGCGUCCCCCAACGCCUACUCUACUGCUUCUGCAGCGCGUGUAGAUGAGAAGGAGCACGCAAGUUUACAGGACACCAGUAAGCACAUGCCAGUGCCUGUGCGUGUCGUACAAAAUAUACUUACGGAGGUCUCGCCGCCUGCCGGUGCAGAGCGUCCCCAAGUGCCUGCAUUGUCCGCCGCUCCCGAACCUGCUGUUGCCUUUUCAGCUCAUGGUCGCUCUUCUGAAGAUGCGCUCGGAAGUGCCAGUUCUGUUGAGGGGCUUCUUGGUCUUGUGUCCUCUGCUGAAAACUCAAUGAGUCUUCCACCCAGUUUCUACCAAGCACCCGUUCCUGCUGCUGCUGGGUACCAACCUAAAGCCUUUACUUUGUGGCCGCAUGGCACUGCUUCUCAAAUUCCUUUUACAUAUGCCGCUACUGGUGCAUCCGUGGCCUCCCUGGCUACACGAGCCCAGCUUGUGGCUUCUUCAGCCACACAUCCCCCUACAGCAACAUCCACACAGCAGGGUGUCUUUGAUCGAGCCCCAGGCGCAUCAAGGCCGCGCCGUCCUGCCGGCGCAUACGGCGUUCCGCUUGUACCAUACGAAUCUUACCCACAUUUUAGCCAUUCUUCCUCCCGUCCAUUGGCAUCUGGAGCCCAGGACCAAGGGACAGGUGGGGAACCGGACGUUGAUGGCCCAAAUCGUGGAGCCAUUGUUGCAGGGUGGAUAAAGGAGGCCAAAGACUCGGAACGGAGUGCUGUGUAA